AUGGAUUCCAGAAGCAUGAUCGAAGUUCGCGCGGCACACAGUGGCAUGGGCAGAGGUCUGUUCGCGACUGUUGAUAUACCCAUGGGAGCAUACAUUCUCGCUGAAAGUCCUGUGAUACUGUUGUUUCGAUCUGCAACUCCAUUCCAAGACUUUUGCGAUGCCAUUAGCUCGAUAGGUACCAAGAUAACCGAGUUUGAAGACCUCUACUGCAACGUCCGGCUCCUCAAUGAAAACCUACCCGGUAAUAUUGUGACUCAAAUCCGUAGCGAAGAUCCUCAAACCCCACUUGAUGUCCAGAAUGAGGAUUUCAGAAAGUUUCUCAAGCUGUACGCUAUUUACCACACCAACGCGUCGAUAAUUACAAAAGACAACAAAGAUGCUGGCUCAGCUGUUUUUCUCACUUGCAGCCGCAUCAACCAUUCCUGUGUACCAAAUUCCUACAGCAUUUGGAACGACAAGACUAACCGACAAACCAUUCAGACUGGUCGCGAUAUCAAGGCAGGGCAGCAAAUCUUCGUCAAUUACCUUGGUGACCGUGGCGAUUUCAUGACCCAUGAGCAGAGGCUGAGACAAACACAAACGCACUGGGGUUUCACGUGCAAUUGCAGAGCCUGCACUAAGCCAGAGAUCGCAGACCGUGUGCGCAAAGACAUGACAAGUCUGAGAAGGUCUCUAGAUCAGUCACACCAGAAGUGGCCUCUUGUUGAUUCAGAAACACGCAAAGCCAUAGCGUUGAAGGCUGUCCAAUAUGCAGAAGAGCUGCUACGGUUGAUGGAGGAGUCCGAGCUGGGAGGCUGGAAGGUCUGUCAGACCUAUCAGGACUGUGCACGAUACAACAUGUAUCUAGGCAAUGAAGCGGAGGCGGUCAGCUAUGCCAGGAGGUUCCUCGACACUCAAGAGAUCUUUGUUGGUGAAGAUGGUAUCGACCGAGAAUGGAUCGAGGCGAUUGGGUUGCGGAUUGCCUAA